AUGCCUUCCUCGCGGUUGCUCCGUUUACCACGCGAGGUCCGGGACCUGAUUUGGGAGCAUGCCAUCGUUCGCGACACAAUACCAAUUGAAUGCGCUGUCGUUGAAGGCCCUGGCUACCGUAGACACACCGGCUAUCCAUGUCCAUAUUCUCCUCAACUCCACGAAGCCUAUCCGUUGCAUCAUAAUGUGACUUCGCGUAGGACUUGGUCUCUACCGAUCUACGAUCUCAAAGUCGAUAUUCAGGGAGGUACAUGGAUACAACCGAAGCGAGCUCGAAUGACCUACCAGCUUGCUAUGCCGUGCGCAAGACCAAAGGAUGCAAAACGCGAUGACAGGAUUGCAAUUCGCUUGCUACAAGUCUGCCGAUCAAUCAACGACGAGGCAAGGCCACUGUUCUACAAAAAGAAUGUUUUCAGCUUCACAGGGCAAUUUCCUAUCUCGACCGCCCUUGCAUUUCUCCAGGACCGGCCCCCAGCCGCAUUGUCCCAGCUUUGGUCCAUCGAAAUGGUCCUUACAGAGGACAACAACAUGAGAGGUUCUGCCGAAGCCCACUUUCCUCCCACCACCAGGUCUUCAGACUGUCUGGUCUUGCAACAUGCGUUUCACUACUUCACUGACCUCUGCAUGCUGCUUUCCUCACCUGCUGUUCAGCUGCGCAGGCUGUGUCUGACAAUCGAGUCGCUCUCGUCAUACGGCGACGUCCAGCCAGGGUCUCUGUCCGAGUGUCUGGCGUGGGAAGCCGAGAAGAGCAGUUCGGACCGGCCUUGGGUCGCUUCCUGGAUUCAGCCAUUACUUCAAAUCAAAAGCCUCGAAACUAUCAAGAUUUACUGGAUCUCUGAUCGACCUCGAGUGCGCAGGAUGUCAGAUACCUUAUCACUUAUGCAAAAAUCAAUGCUCGUGCAAGCACGCGCAAACCAAGAUGAUAACAGACUCGAAUUGCGAAGCCACGAACUCGACUUCAGCGUCCUUAAAAGCCAACACGAUCACGUCAUGACCACGCUCGUAUUCGAUACGCAGACAGAGCAGUUGGAGUGCGGGGACUGUUCAUGUGAAGACCGGCCGGCUGGUCUUGAACACAUCGCUGAAGAAGCUCCCGAGACGACACGAGCAUACUACAAGUGCGGAGUCGCCACAUGGAAAGAGCACCAGAGGUCCUUUACUGGAUACAAGAGCGCAUAUGCGGCUUACUGUGAGCUCAAUAACUCGUAUUCCCUGCGCCGGAAGUCGUCAGCUUGUGCCGUUCACAUGGAUCGUUGA